ACGGCAAGCUCGAAACAGAUUAGAGCUCAGCAUCUACUUUUAAUUGGAUGAACGUUUUCAAUUAACGUGCCUCAGUGUUUCCAAAAGGCGUCACCGUGUGCUUGCCGUGGGUGAUCAAAAAAGUUGAACGCUGUUUUCGAACCGGCGUGAAAAUGACUAAUAUAAUCAACCGUUUUUGACGCUACGAUGAUAAUCGCGCUGCACCGUCAACAUGAAACCAGAGUGAUAAUUGAAUUGAAUAAAUACUAUUAGCUGAGAUUUCCAGAGCUCCCGUCAAUCGCAAGAAGUCUUCGGCGGGAAUAGCAUUGGCUCUGUAACACAGUCUGUCUGUAGUGUUUAGCUAGCGAUCAUUGGAAAUUUUAAAUUGCCUAAAACAUGAACACUCUGACGGAAAUAACUGGAGCGCUGUCUCACACCAAAAUAUCAGAUGAACGGAAAAAUUUCGAAGAUGGGAAGAAAAUAGAAAUAAAAAACGAGUCGGUUGAUUGUGCGGAUUCGCAGGAUGAGUUCACAGACCCCUUCUGCAAUGCCGGCAACCCGCAGAUAAUUAGCUUCCAGGAUGUUACCUCGGCAGCGUUCAAAAUUAAGAAAGGCAUCGAGUUCACACCUUGCUCGAAAUCUCAUCUUUCCGAAAUGAUCGACAUGGACAUUUUUCUCAAGAAGGAGUUUCUUCAGUUUACCGGCAGUUUUAAAGAGCGUGGGGCCCGAUACGCGCUAGUUAUGCUGACACCAGAGCAGCGGAAAAACGGAGUAAUUUCAGCCUCUUUGGGAAAUCAUGCACAGGGACUUAGCUAUCACGGCUGGAAACUGGGAGUCCCGGUGACGGUGGUAAUGCCAUUUAAGGCGUCCCUUAUGAAGAUACAGAAAUGCCGUGACUACCAUGCAACCGUAAUCGUUCAGGGAUCCGACAUGGGCGAGGCAAAAAAGGUUGCGUUGAAAAUGGCACACGAAACUGGUUUGACGUACAUCAACGGAUACGAUCAUCCGCACAUCAUGGCUGGUCAGGGCACAAUUGGACUGGAAAUUGCCGAGCAAGUUAGCAACAUCGAUGCCGUAGUCGUGCCCGUUGGGGGUGGAGGUCUGAUUGCCGGUGUGGCAACUGCCAUCAAAAAUUUAAGCCCUCAAACCAAAAUCAUUGGUGUAGAAUCUGAAAAAUGUCCAAGUUUCACCAAGGCACUAGAAAACAAAGCUCCCGUACACGUUCCAAACAAGCCAACAUUGGCCGAUGGUCUGGCAGUGCCAAUGGUAGGUUAUAAUGCCUUUGCGACCACUGUUCCACUAUUGGAUAAAAUGAUUGUGGUGAAAGAGGAGUGGAUUGCCUUGGCAAUCCUGCGACUAGUCGAGUUGGAAAAGUGCGUCGUGGAGGGAGCAGGAGCAUCCGGAUUGGCCGCUAUUCUUGCCGGUCAUUUGGACGAGUUCAAAGGGAAAAGGGUAGUUCUAUUGAUUUGCGGUGGUAACAUUGACACAACGAUGUUCGGACGGUGUCUCGAGAGGGGAAUGGCAGCCGAAGGGCGCUUGCAAAGGUUUACCGUUACGGUCAGCGACGGCCCUGGUGGAUUGUCGAAACUGUGCAGCGAGUUGGCCCAACUAGGUGUUUCCAUUAAGGAUAUAAUGCACGAGCGAGCCUUUAUUCGAGACGUCCACAGCGUACAGGUCAAAGUCAUUUGUGAAACACGAGACUGGAACCAUUCGCAAGAGAUGCGAAAAUCGCUCCAGGAUACUUACGAUAGCGUUAUGUUUUACGAUUUACCGAUGGCAAUGUGAACGGAUAAGCAGAUAACCUGUUGUUUUCACAAAUCAAAGCCAAGGACUUCCGUGUUUUCGAUUCUAAAUACAAUAAAAAUGUAACUGAAUGCGAAUGAGAGCGAGCUUCGAUAUUGAGGUAAACGGAAAUUUCUCGAAUCGUACUGCCAUUGUCGUUAUCAAAUGAGUGCUUUGAUUUUCAUGUUGUCACAUUUUAACAAUAAAAGUUAACCGUUUGAGAAUUUUUGUUGCACUGUA